UCGGUAAGAUUUGGUAACGAUGUCGGGAAACGAAGACAAAGACGAAACUGAGCAGCAAACACAAACCAGUAUCCCCCCAACACCGGUGGUUGAAGGAACAGCCGACGUUAACGCAGAAAUAACGGCGGAGAAAACAACAGAAGAAAAUGUGGGCCAAGAAACGUCAGUAGCUGAUGAGAUUAAUGCAGAAACAAAAGACGAAAGUGAAAAUAAAGAAGAAGGAGAUAAAGUUGAAGGGGAAACUGAGGAAGACAAAGCACAGCAGGAAACAACUGAGCCAACAGAGAAUAAAACAAAAGUAGAUUCUGAACCAAAAGAACCAAAUAUUGAAGAAGAUGAAAACAUAGUGGAAGGCCAAGAUAAAGUUGACCAAGAUGGAAAGCCAGCAACAGCUCCCCCUAGUGACAACGAAGGGUAUAUAUCUCCACCUGGUGUUGAAGAAGACGGUAUUAAAGAAGGGGAAGUCCCUAACCAGGGGGAUGCAGAGAUGAUGGUCGGGAAGAACGGAGGAACGCAAGAGGUGAAUGAUGGGGCACAAGAAGCCAAUGAAUUGCAGGAGAGGAAUGAAGAUACGAAUGACCAACAACCACCACAAACACCUGAAAUGCAUGAAGUUGGUGGGGAAUCUCAACCAACCACACAAGAUAUCAAUGUAAGCACACCAAUGCCUUCUGCUGGUGGGAAUGAAGACUCCAAUGAUCAUGAACAACCACAAGAACCACCAUCACAUGAACAACUAUCACAUGAUGAACAACCCCAUGAUGAACCAUCACAUGAUAACGACGACCCGGUACUUCUGCCCCCUCCCCCGAUCACUGAAGAAGAAUCGAAAGUUACCACGGCGACCCCUCGUGACUCGCUGUCAAGAAAUGAGGAAUCCAACCAACCCUUGAACCUUGAAUGGACGUUUGGUUUCAAUCGAAAAGUUCCCUCCAUCAACUUGACAGAUGGUACGCGCAACAUCAUACUUUAUGCCGGGGCUCACGUUGCUUUGUUGUACGACUAUAAAAGGAACCAACAGAAGAUAUUACAAGGACAUGGCAACUCGAUAACAUGCAUGGCUUGUAGUGAAGAUAAGAGAUGGGUUGCUACCGGCGACAAGGGACCAGGAAGUUGCGUGAUAUUAUGGGAUACUUACACAGGGAUUCCCGUCCAAACCAUAUUCGGCAUACAUGAUGAAAGUGGGGUUGUAGCUCUAGCCAUGUCAACUGAUGCAAAGUACAUUGUCACUGUAUCGGCAACAACCCCACAAACUGUAAGCAUCUGGGAUUGGACGGAAUCGGUCGAACAACCCAUAUUUUCGACCGAAAUCAACCCUCGAUGGAAUCUACAAACCUUCGUUACUUUCCACCCAAACGAUAACCAGCAAUUUGUUACAAACAGCGAUUCACAAGUCGUGUUUUACUCAUGGGAGAGUGGAACAUUGAAACACCACGCUCCGUUUUUAUCCGACUCCGUUUUCAACCGAGCUAUUGGGCUGUUCAGUCAAACUGUGUUUCAGACGACCCCAUCAGGCCGAGCCCUCACAGCAACCUCACUCGGUAACAUUGUGGUUUGGAACCCCGAGCGUGGGAACGGGAGGAAGGGGGGUAAGCUUAAUAUAUUGUCGUUACCAACCAUAUGUUGGUGUAACUUAAUGUCGUUACCAACCAUAUGUUGGUGUAACUUAAUGUCGUUACCAACCCUAAUAUGGUCUAACUUGAAACUAAGAUCUGAAACCCUACAUAGCAAACCCUUAGAACGGAAUUUUAUUGAAAUUAAAAUAUUCCAUGCAUUCCAGGAGAGUGGAACAUUGAAACACCACGCUCCGUUUUUAUCCGACUCCGUUUUCAACCGAGCUAUUGGGCUGUUCAGUCAAACUGUGUUUCAGACGACCCCAUCAGGCCGAGCCCUCACAGCAACCUCACUCGGUAACAUCGUGGUUUGGAACCCCGAGCGUGGGAACGGGAGGAAGGGGGGCGUGGUUGGUUCCCAUCAGAAGCGUGCACUCAAGUUGGUUCGCGUGAAGGACCGCGCACUCACGUGCAUCACGUGCACCGAUGACCUCAUUGUCACCGGUGACACGCUCGGACACGUUCGUUUCUACGACAACCAACUUAACCUGGUCAACUGGUACCAGAACCUCAAGAUUAGGGUCGUAACGGGGGUCUCGUUCCAAUAUAAUCCUGACUUCCGAUUGGACAGGAUCCCAGAAAUCAACAAAUAUCCCGAAGACGCGACAAUUCAAGCCAAAACUUUUGCCGUCAACGAUUUUAUCGUUUCAACGAAAUCUGCCGAGGUCGUCCAUGUUGAAGCCGACGGGUCAAAGGUCACGAACAUAUUAAAGGAACAUGACUCAGCUGUUCAUGCAAUCGCCGCGUCGCCUACAAAACCAUGGAUUUGCAUCGGAAGUUACUCCGGGAUUCUCAAAGUUUGGGAUUAUUCAACAAAGGAGGUGGUUGUUACCCGAUUGUUUCAAAACAAAGCAAAGAUUCAAUGCAUUGCAUACAACCAUAAUGGGCUUCAACUUGCGGUCGGCAUGACAACGGGGUUGGUCGUUAUCCUCGAUGCGAUCUCAUUGGACGAGGAAGUAUCAUUCCAUUACGCUUGUGAUGUCAUAACACAUUGUUUGUUCUCGCAUAAUUCAAGAUAUCUCGCCACUGCUGACGGCCACCACACGACGACUGUGUUUAUCUUCGGUUCUGACAACGAAUGGAAAUAUUUAGGUCGAUACAAGGCUCAUUAUGACAUCAUACAAGAUCUGAGUUUCGGCAUCGAUUUAGACUCAAACCAGCCUCGCUUGUUAACCCUUGGAAAAGACCGAGUUUUGGUUGAAUACGAUCUACAAGGAAGCAGCAAAGAUGAUCUUCGACUUCUAUCGGUUGAAAGGAUCGAACAAAGUGCGUUGCCCCUAUGCAUCACAUGGUACCCGCCUGUUACAAAGGAAAGUUUCCUCGUGGUUGGCAACGACCAAUACAAGAUGAAAUUAUUCAACACAACGACCAAGAUGUGCAGGAAGACAUUACUCGGACCAACAUAUGGAUCGCCGGCCAAACUGAUGUCGAUUGUCCCAACACCCCCCUCCGGUGACCCCUCGAUACACCGACUACUAACGUAUGCGACGAACGACAAGAUCGGCCUUCAACUUCUACCACUAGAUGGCAACCCUCAUCGUUCCGCAUCAAUGAUCGCGCACCCAAACGGGGUGUCACGGUUGGCUUGUUCCAACGACGGAAGGUUCGUCUUUACGGCCGGUGGCGUCGACUCGACAGUGCAUAUGUGGUCUGUUAACGCAACAUCCUUGAGCUCUGUAGCGGCACUCGGUGGUGAGGGUUUGAUUCCCUUCUACGGGCUGCUAGAGGGAGGUAGAGAGGGCGAGAUGUUUGGGGAGCUGGAAAAUUAUUUCUACUUUGCCCAACUUCGCAGCCAAGGUAUCAACACGACUGAUGAACGAGAAACAUCAAACGUCGUACAAUUAGACCAAGUUCCCUUCCUUAUGAGGGCUUUGGGGUUCUACCCAAGUGAACAGGAGAUUGAAGAUAUGCUGAAUGAGGUGAAGUUCAGUAAAUACGUGGAUACUGGUGAAUAUGUGACCAACAUUAACUUGGCUGACUUUAUUAAAUUAUACGUGAACCACCGUCCAGCUUUUGGUCUCUCACCCGAUGAAAUAACGGAAGCAUUCAACGUACUCGCGACUAGAACAGAUGACAGCGAGGCUUCCGUGGAUAGAAGUACUUUGUUAAGUGUCCUGCAAAGAAAAGGCGAACACAUGACGGAGCACGAAUUGGCCGAAUGUUUGACGACGCUACUCGGGUUCAACCCUGAAGGAGGGUUUGAUGUUGAUGAUGUCAUCAACUAUGACACGGUGAACAAGGAUCUCGAGGAUUCUCUUCCAGAGUUCGUUACCGCUGAUAUCUUCGCAAACGAAAUGCUUGGCCUACACCUCUAUGAUGCAACACACUGAAUUGUGAUGUCAUAGUUUGUUGGAUUUUUAAACUUAAUGUACAGAAAAUAAAAUUGAGUAAAAUUUU